UCAGAAAAAAUGUAGUGGGUUACCAAGCGGCUCCUGUGACUAAUGCCUGUCAUAUGACUGUGACACCCAUGGAGACAGUUACAAGGAACAAGAUUUGGUCUUGGAUUUGAAAAGAAAAGAGACCUUCUGUAUCGAAGUUACUUUGGUACAAAAUGGCUCCGACUCUUUUCCAGAAACUUUUCAACAAGAGAAAUGCAUUUUCGUCGCCGCCCCCGAGAUGUGGCAAAGAGGACCCAGCUUUCAGCUGGCCACUUCCCCAGCUGGAGCCCAGCCAGAUCAGGCUGAUCGUGUACCAGGACUGUGAGAGGCGUGGCAGAAAUGUCCUCUUUGACUCCAAUGCCAAGAAGAGGAGCGCAGAGGAAACCCCCAUCACUACCACUGAAGGCCAGGUGAAGAUGUUCGGGAAAUGCUGCCAGCUCCGUUCUACAGGUGGGAGCAGCAGUUCCCUGGACAGCUCCUCCUCUUGCGCCUCAGAAACCAAGGAAACCAAGGAGCAGGGUCUUCGUUUCCAGGGUUUGAGGGGUUCGUCUGAUGUGGUAAUGUUGGGGGAAAUGAUGUUUGGCUCUGUGGCCAUGAGCUACAAAGGCUCCACAUUAAAAAUCCACCAAAUCAGAUCACCACCUCAGCUGAUGCUGAGUAAGGUCUUCACAGCCAGGACGGGAGGCAGUGCGUACGGCAGUCUCAACACGUUACAGGACAGCCUGGAGUUCAUUGGACAGGAUAACAACACCCUGAGGCCUGAUCAAAACACUGGGCCCCACAGUCUUCUCGGGAACAUAGGAUUUUCUCAGCUCUGCAGCCCUCGUCGGGCCUUCUCUGAACAAGGCCCUCUGCGCCUCAUCAAGAGCGCAUCUUUCUUUUCAGGCCACAGUCACCCCAUGGACAUGCCUGGCCGAGGGAUGUAUGACGAGAGGGACAGCGGCAUCGCCAGAUCAGCUUCUCUGAGCAGCCUGUUGAUCACUCCCUUCCCAUCUCCGGGCUCCUCUCUCACCAGCAGCUGUGCAUCCAGCUACCAGCGCCGAUGGCUCCGCAGCCAAACCACAAGUCUAGAGAAUGGCGUGUUCCCUCGAUGGUCGGCAGAGGAGAGCUUCAACAUGUCUGACGAAAGCGGAGGCCCGAGCCUCGGUGUGGCUCGGAAGAAGAAGAUCGCUAUCGGUGUCAUCUUCGUGUUGUCACCCAACCCGGAGGAGAGCGACCGCUUCCAGGAUUUCUUUUUCUCCCACUUCCCUCUCUUUGAAAGCCACAUGAAUAAACUCAAGAGCGCCAUCGAGCAGGCUAUGAAGAUGAGUCGGCGGUCAGUUGAUGCCAGCCAGAGGGCCUUGGCUUACAGUCGAAUGGUGGACGGACUCAACGAGUUCAGGAUGACCAUCUGCGACUUAUACACCAUGCCCCGGGUGGCUGAGCCUGUCUGGUUGACUAUGAUGUCUGGCGCAUCAGAGAAGAAUCAGUUCUGCGGUCAAUUCAUGAGGGAACUCUCCCUGCUGAUGGAGCAGGCCUCCAAGAACCAAUUCCUCCCUGCAUUAUUGACAGCUGUCCUGACCAAUCAUCUGGCCUGGGUCCCCACUGUAAUGCCCAAUGGGCAACCUCCAAUCAAGAUCUUCCUUGAGAAGCACUCCUCCCAGAGUGUGGACAUGCUGGCAAAGAUGCACCCAUACAACCCCCUCUGGGCACAGCUAGGAGACCUGUACGGGGCCAUUGGGUCACCGGUGCGGCUAUCAAGGACUGUGGUGGUGGGACGCAGACAGGAGCUGGUCCAGAGACUUCUUUAUGUUCUCACCUACUUCAUCCGCUGUUCGGAGCUGCUGGAGACCCACAUGUUGGACAGUGCUGAGGACGAGGCCAUCGUUAUGCCCGGCUCCCUCAUCACAACCUCGCUAAGGAAAGGAGAGGUGGAGGAGUCGGACUAUGUUCUGGUUACUGUCCAUAAACCCAGCGGGGACUACUUGUCCCAAGGGGCCCAUGGUCCUCAGACUGAGGCAGAGGACAGUAGCUUCCCUUCAGACAACAGCCUCCAGAGCAGCACAUACACAGAUGCUGAGGUGGAGCAUGGAGCUGGGGAUACACCCAAGGAGGAAGAUGAGGAUGAGGAAGAUGAGGAGGACAGCAGUGAGAGUCAAGGGUCCAGGAGCAGUGUGCUUCAGACGGGACACAGUCAGGCCUCAGUACCCACCAUCAGGACUGCAGAAGCAACAGAACCCAGGAAGUUGUGCAGGGAGUCUAACAGCCCGCUGUGCACGGAGGCCCGGCUGGAGAUGGUGCUGCGUGUUGGCUCGGCCCCCCUUGAGGAGCAACCUUCUGUGCUGGACACAGAGGACAAGGGCGACAUAAAAGUGAUUGUACCAUCCAUACCCACAACCCCUGCAUCAAGUCCAUCCUCAGUUCCUGCCACAACAGAGGGCAGGUCCUUUGGAGCAGAGCCUGAGAUGGGUGCAGGAAAGGGGAACCAGGCCACCAAAGUGCUGGCUCCCCACCCCAAGGGGAUAUCUAUAGAGAAGAAGCCCCCAGAUAAGCACCUGGCUACUGCUGUGCCAGUACCAGUGAUACCAGGAAAUGCCGUGACAGGGCCCAUGGCUUUGACUGUAACAGAAGAGGAGGGGCCAGCAACAAAAGUCACUUUCCUUAUUGGAGACUCUAUGUCCCCCGAGUCAGACACAGAGAGCCGCAGAAGGAAGGUGGAGGAGGAGAUCAAGAAGCACAAGAAACAUCUCAAGGAUAAACAUACGCUUCACCAGCAGCUGCUGCAGCAGCAACAGCAUCAUCAAGGGCAGCAUUACCAGCAGCAACCAGAGCAGCUGCACAGAGGAGCAAAUUCAAAGACCAGCAGCACCAGUGCAUCAGAGGACCAAACCACACAGACCAAGGCAGCUCCAGCCUUGCAACGGGUGUCCAGUAAGAUGUCCCAGUGGGGCCCAAACUGUGUGGAUGCUUUUGAUGAGUAUUUCAGCUUAGAGAACCCUGUAGAGACAAGGACUAUAGAUGAUGUGGCCAAACAACAAGAGGCCAGCACAAUGGUCAGUGUGCACAAAGACUUGCCAGACUCCUUGGGAGUCCCCCGGUCUGUUGACGUGGGAGGUCACAGCUUUCAUGGAGCAGUCAGGAGUCCAAGUUUGAGUCUCUGUUUGGGUUCAGGAAGUGGAGAGGUUGGGUCCAGUAGGAAGGGAGACAUGUUAUUGGAACUCCAGAGGAGGUGCAGGUGUGAGUCUACAGACUCCUCUGACACCUGCUGUUGCAGGGGCUGUUCUGCUGAGCAGAACAAGGGUCUUGUGUUGUCAGUCCCUACCCCCCAGGACGGAAGCAGCAACAGCAAAGAGGACCAAAAGUGCAAGGUGGUUCCUGUCAACGACUGGGAGAUACCGCGGAACGAGAGCUCUGACAGCGCACUGGGGGAUAGUGAGAGUGAGGAGACGGAGGACUGGCAGGAGGAAAUGCUAGUGCCCCUCCCUGGGUCAAAGUUAGUGGAAAACUACUCAAAGCCAAGCAUUGCCAAUUUUGGCCGCUCUCUGUUUGGAGGCUACUGCCCCACCUAUGUGCCAGACUUUGUACUGCACGGGAUGCCCAGUGACGAGAAGCUGCGACAGAGACUCAUGACAGAAUUGACACAUGCUGUUCAGCAUCCAGUACUGGAUGAGCCUAUAGCAGAGGCCGUCUGCAUUGUAGCAGACACAGACAAGUGGACAGUGCAGGUGGCCAGCAGUCAGAGACGAGCCACGGACGCCACCAAGCUGGGGAAAGAAGUCUUGGUGUCCAGCCUGGUUUCCAGCUUGUUGCAGUCCACUCACCAGCUCUACAAACUCAACCUCUCACCCAACUUUUGUAUAAUGCACCUUGAGGACCGCCUGCAGGAAAUCUAUUUCAAGAGCAGGAUGCUUGCUGAGUAUUUGAAGGGGCAGACUAGAGUCCAUGUGAGAGAACUGGGCAUGGUCUUAGGAAUCGAGUCCAGUGACCUUCCCCUGUUAGCUGCAGUGGCCAGCACUCACUCCCCAUAUGUGGCUCAGAUCCUGCUAUGAGACAGUAAUGAUACUGAGAUCCCAGUCAGCCAGAGGAGAUGCAUCAGAACUGUCUGGUGCCACUUUGCCCCUAAAGUGGCCCUCCACACUGCACAUCUGGCUCCUGACAUGAUCUCCUGGGAUAAAUGGGAUCUCUGCCCUGAGCCUGAGUAGUGCACAUCUGUAUGGACCACGGCCACAGCCAGCACCUCCCCUCGCUACCACUGCUGCUGAAUUUGGUGUUAUGCUGAUGUUGCACCACAGGGAGGAAGCUGGAGACCAGAGUCCCACAGAUGGAGCGAGGCUCUGCGGGUGAUUGAAAUGAACUGCUCCUGAUGUUUGAAUGUUUCUUUCAAAACAAAACUCUUCUAUUUUUGGACACAAAAGCCAAAGACUUCAUUCAUUUUUCCAGUUGAGAAUGAAACUUUAAGAUAUCUACAGUACAUUAACAGUGACUUUUGUUUCUUUAACUGCUUCUUUUCUGUACAAUCUUAAACCCGUUCAUACGAAGUGACAGGCUGCAUUUUUAAACUUUACUUUGAGGUAAACAUCAUUAUCAUUGAUAAAUAACAUGUUCAAUCUCAUAAUUAUUUUGUUCAUCUAUGUCUUUGUUUACAAGCCAAAUUUCCCAGAGAUAUCUCAAUGAAGAAUUUAAAAAUUUUUUUUGUCAAAUUGUGAUGCAUACCUGAUUUUAAAGCCUUUUUUAUUUGGGCUGUGGGAGUAAUCGAUGCACACUUUGAUUUUUAGUUCUACAAUCUGGUUUUGAAAAGUGGCUUUGACAUUCUUAUCAUAGGUACAGCACUACCUCAGAACUUUAUAUGGGCUGUGGAUGACACAGUUAGCCCCAUAAAAAACCCUGAGGUGUACUUUUUAAGCUAUUUUAAUCAGGAAUGUCAGCGUCAACUGUGUUCAGACUCUAUGCUGUGUUCUUUGACAAGGGAAGGCUGUUUAAUUCCUUAGGAUGGUCAUUACAGGAAAACAUUUUUACAUCCCAGUGUGAUUUAAGAAGGGUCUCUUUCUACUGUGGUAACCUAAAACAUGCACCAUCUACAUAUAUUUUAAAACCAAAAUGCUGAAAUAUUUUCACACUUUUAUAGCUUCGCCACCUUUUUACGAUGUUUACGGCUUCAGUGUUUGCUGCAGAGAGAGGAGUAGAGGAAGACAGUAGGCCUUGUAAUGGAUAUGUAUGUAUCAGUUAACACUAUUUUCAGAAAUGGUUUCUAAGGCAGUUAUAGACACAAAAACUAAAAAUACAAAACUAUAGUAGCACAGACAGAUAAAUGAUUUUGGCUGUUAUUCCAUGGACGCAGGGCGCAAUUUGCUGAGCGUGAAAGGAAGCUUGAGUUGCUUUCUCAGCUUCUCCUGGGCAGCGGGGGCCAAUGGGACAUAAUUAUUAUUACUUUUUUGUCAUGCAUUUAUAGCAUUGGCAAUGAAUAAUAGGAUGUGUAAAAAUAAAGUUCCCAGUGAUUGCGUUGUUUGGAAGGAACACAGUCAAAAGCAGAGAGGAACUCGGAAGUUUUCAGAUAAAUGCACGUCUGUACAGUACUUUACCACUGUACUGUGUUUUUUAACCCAGCAAACCUUCAAAGGGACAAAGUGUAAUUUUUGCCAACAGCCUGCUCGGACAAAUUAAAGAUUGCAGUUGUGUGUAUGUGUGUUUGUAACAGAGCUUGUUGACAGGCUUUAUGUUCAGCUGCGAAUGGUUUCUGUUGCUAGACAAAGCAGAGCUAACUGGCAGUGUCACCCUGACAAGUGGAUAGUGUUUAUUUCUUUCUAUAAAAUGAAAUCGCACCCGGAAUAUGACCCAAGUCUUAAUGGAGAAGUGGUAUGAAGGCAUCAUAGAUAUACUGUAUACAUGCUUGUUACUGUAUUGGAGAUGUUCAGCUGUCAGCCUACAUUUUGUACAACCCAGCCAUUAUGUUUAAAUGGUAUGAGUUUAUCUGCUUUCCUCUCUUUGUAUAUGAAUAAGUUAUUUAGUUGCUCAUGUAAUUGUUUGUGCAAACUGUACAUACUCAGUUUAUUUCCAUGUAUUUGUACAGAAUGUCUUUAAAAAGUCUCAAAUAAUUUUUUCCCAAUUUUAUGGGAAUGUUGUGCAAUAAAGAUGCUGAUGUUGAGAAC